AUGUCGAUUCGAACUAUUCUGAUAACGAGUUUGAAAGACAAGAUGAAGCAGAUAGCACAAAUGCCGUAUCAUGUGAAGAAAGCCUGUCUGAAAGUAAUGAUGAAGAAGAUGGCAUUUCUACUUCUUAGCACCAUGCACAAAGAUAACAAAUGUGAUGAUGAUAGGACUUGCAAACCAGAAAUUGUAUUAGAUUACAAUGCAACAAAAGGUGGGGUAGAUCGUCUUGAUCAGUUUGAGUUCCAGAUGGUAUCAGCUAGAAUUCCAUGCGAUUAUGAUUUUGACGAGUUAUCACUCAGCGACUAA